CCAAGAAUCAGCAUGUUUCUGGCCAAGAGCAUCGUGUGCCUCGCCUUCCUGGCGCUGGCCAGUGCCCAGUUUGACACCAACUACGCCUCAGGACGCAGUGGCAUGGUGCACCUCUUCGAGUGGAAGUGGGACGACAUUGCCGCCGAGUGCGAGAACUUCCUGAGUCCCAAUGGCUUUGCCGGAGUGCAGGUCUCCCCCGUCAACGAGAACGCCGUGAAGGAUAGCCGCCCCUGGUGGGAGCGGUACCAGCCCAUCUCCUACAAGCUUGUGACCCGCUCUGGCAAUGAGGAGCAGUUCGCCAGCAUGACCCGUCGCUGCAACGCCGUUGGUGUGCGCAUCUAUGUGGACGUGAUCUUCAACCACAUGGCCGCCGAUGGAGGCACCUAUGGCACAGGCGGCAGCACUGCCAGUCCCAGCAGCAAGAGCUACCCCGGAGUGCCGUACUCCUCGCUGGACUUCAACCCCACCUGCGCCAUCAACAACUACAACGAUGCCAACCAAGUGCGCAACUGCGAGCUGGUGGGUCUCCGAGACCUCAACCAGGGCAACUCCUACGUGCAGGAUAAGAUUGUCGAGUUCCUGGAUCACCUCAUUGACCUGGGAGUGGCUGGAUUCCGUGUGGACGCCGCCAAGCACAUGUGGCCAGCAGAUCUGGGUGUCAUUUAUGGCCGCCUCAAGAACCUGAACACCGAUCACGGCUUUGCCUCGGGAUCCAAGGCUUACAUCGUGCAGGAGGUGAUCGACAUGGGUGGUGAGGCCAUCAGCAAGUCGGAGUACACUGGUCUGGGCGCCAUCACCGAGUUCCGUCACUCCGACUCCAUCGGCAAGGCAUUCCGUGGCAAGGAUCAGUUGCGGUAUCUGUCCAACUGGGGCACCGCCUGGGGCUUCGCUGCCUCCGACCGCUCCCUCGUCUUCGUCGAUAAUCACGAUAACCAGCGUGGACAUGGAGCUGGAGGCGCCGAUGUGCUCACUUACAAGGUUCCGAAGCAAUACAAGAUGGCCUCUGCCUUCAUGCUGGCCCAUCCCUUUGGAACGCCCCGCGUGAUGUCCUCCUUCUCGUUCUCGGACACGGAUCAGGGUCCUCCCACCACCGAUGGCCACAACAUCGCCUCGCCGAGCUUCAACAGCGACAACUCCUGCAGCGGCGGAUGGGUGUGCGAGCACCGCUGGCGCCAGAUCUACAACAUGGUGGCCUUCAGGAACGCCGUUGGAUCCGAUGGCAUCCAGAACUGGUGGGACAACGGCAGCAACCAGAUUGCCUUCAGCCGCGGCAGCCGUGGAUUUGUGGCCUUCAACAACGACAACUACGACCUGAACAGCUCCCUGCAGACGGGUCUGCCAGCUGGAACCUAUUGCGAUGUCAUCUCGGGCACCAAGAAUGGUUCCUCCUGCACUGGCAAGACGGUGACUGUGGGUUCCGAUGGACGAGCCUCUAUUACUAUUGGCAAUUCCGAGGAUGAUGGUGUCCUGGCUAUCCAUGUCAAUUCCAAGUUGUAA